AUGCAACAUAAACCAUUUUUCAUCUAUGCCUCUUCAUCUUUUGCAAUGGAUUUCCGUGCCGAAGUCUUGACAAAUAGCCAUGGUUCUCAUCCACGCCCUAAUGAAAGCCUUCGAGAUUCGAAUUUUGCUGUAAAUUCUCACGCCGAUCAGCUAGAACGAUGUGGAACUUGGUUGUCAUCGAUACCCCGAGAUGAUGUUAGUGUUUUAAGGGAAACUCAAGAAUAUAGCGAUUUCUUGCGGGCAUUCGAACGAUUGGGGCAGGCACAUCGACGGGUCAUAUCGUCGAAUCGAAAUUCUUCCGAGUUUGCACCAUCGUAUUGGUCAAUAUCGAAUAACUUCCUGCAAUAUCUGACUGCUGACGAUGUGAUAUUACGGAUCUUUGAGUUCCUUGAAUGCAAGUCACUUAUAAGGAUGGCUUUCGCAUGUUCUCGGUUUCGACAACUUGCCUAUGAAAGCGCAACACAGCGAACUUGUGACUUGAUGAGCACUCGAAAACUCCAAAACGUCAUGCAACUAUUGCGAGCAAAAGAACAAAUUGAAGGUGUGGAAAGUGGCAUUGAAGAAAACCAUGUUCGGGUACCGAUUCUUUUGUUGAGUAGAAGAAUGCUUGUGACCGAUGCUGGGGAUCCAGAAUACAACGGGAUCUACUUCUGUACUGGAUGUAAUGGAAAUGGUUUCGUCUUCACCAAACCCCGCUUCCCAGAACAUCGCAUCCAUGGUGGCGGCAGAGAUGCAUUGAACCAUCAAUCUCCUGAGGAAGCACCUCUUGGACGAAUAGGAGAAGCUCAGGUUGUUCGAAACCCUGAAGGAGAGGCAGCAGCAGUCGGGUUUGCAGCACCAAUAGGCCAAGGGAGAGCGCCAAUCGGAAUGGGACCGUCAACUCAUUUCGAAAAUGAAGUAGCACAACCGGGACAGCUACUGAGAUGCAUAAUCGCGAAACGUUUUUCGAAUGAGACUGUAUUAUGGUACUGUUCGAAGGAAGUUGCGUCCUCGGAGUCGCAAUCUGAAGCAGUAGCUUCACCUGCCCCAUCGGAGCGGAUAACACAGGUGUUUUCAUUUUGGGCCAAACUGAUGGUGGUCGGAGAUGCCAGUCCGGACAUUUGUCGAUAUCCGUCGCAGAGUAGCAUACUCGCACGGCACGGAGAGCAUUGGAACUCGCUUGCGACAAGUCGAGACUUGAGAUCUCCUAUAGUGGAACUACUCGAUUGA